GUAUACACGAUUUUUCUCAAUGCACAACGUUUAUUAUUUGCAUAACACACGCGUUCAUGUAAACCGGCAUGGAUAAAACACGCACGUUUACGAGGAUAACCCUCACUUAGCCACACCUAUCCGAUGACGUCUUAUUUACACACAUAUCUGUCACGUUACAUCGAUCGUCUCUACGUCGAGGAGUAAAUAUUAAUGUUAUUGUCUUUCAGCAUCUUAAAAUAAACAGCUGCAGCGUGCAUUCGCCCCACUUAUAACAACGCAACCGUAAGUGAUGCGCACCGACGACGGCGGUUUGACCACUUUCCCGCCUCCAGAUCGUUAAACGAAAGCAUGGAUGCCUCAGGACUGGAUCUCCGAGACACCUUUGGGCUGUUGCGUGCAGGAUCUGCUCCCAGCGUGAGCAGCGAAGAGCUGGCCGGCCGAAUCUCGUCGUGUUUUGCGAGCCAGACAGAAAAGGCAGACGCGGCGUGGUUGUGUCUCACUCUCACCGAGAGCAUCGUCCGCAGGCUGACCGCUCGGAGUCUGCCUCAAGAUGCCGCGGCAUACUAUGAAGACGUGACGAGAAGGCUGUUUGGAGAAAACAAUCUGAUGGCACACCUGGUCUCUCUCCUCAGAUCUCCAGACAAGCUGACGUCUCAUUUAUCUGCGAAGUGCGUGUCGGCCUGCGUGAUAUUAGAAAUUAGACAGGGAGGCAGCAGCUGCGUGUGGAGACGCACGUGUGCUCGAGUGUUUGAGGAAUCGGUGUCCGGCGGAGAACUGGACUCCUGUCUGUGGUCCCUGACCGCUGUGAUUAAAGCAGUGCUGAGAGGAGACACGGGCCCGAAUCAGAGAGAUGUUUUGACGGAGCUUCUUUCUGGCCUGGAUUCCUCCGUCUCCUGCCUGCGCACGGCGCUCCUGACCCCGGACGAGAGAGAGCGGCCGGGUCGCUCUAAAACCUGGUGCGAGUUCCUGGACCUGGCGGAGGCGCUCAUCGCCGCCCGGCUCAGAUUCGACGUCCGUUCUCCGGUGCAGAGGGUCGUGUUCGUCGAGUCCCGGGCGCUGCCUCGCGUCGUUGGAGCCGACGUGGAGCACCUGGUGAAGAAACGAGCGCUGCUUCUUCUCAAGAGAAGCCUUCUGCGGCGGGCCGGGGAGGACUGGGCUUCGGCUGAGGUCCGGCGCUCGUCAGACGAAGAUCUCGGCCUGGCGGAGGACGCUCUGGCCGCGGCGGCGGGGGUGUUGGAGGAAGUCGCCGCGGGCUGGCUGAAGGAAGUCCCCGUGAAAGCUCAAGGCAGUUUCUUCGGCGGCGACUGCGACGCGAGUCGGACGGACGACGCGGUUCUGAGAGCCGUGAGCCUGGUUCUGCUGAAGUCGCUGGAGAUACGCGUUCAGGCCCAGCCACGGAGAGGAUCCCUGAAGGACGUGGACGUGUGCUGGUAUUUAUCGGCGCUCAUGUCGUUCCUGCGGCGUCACGGGACUCCGGCGUCUCCGGACGCUCACGGCUGCUCCUGGGUGUCUGUGGUAUUCGCCGAACAAGAUGACGACAUGAUGGAGUCGGCCAAGGCUUUGAUCGGACUGUAUUUGUAUCAGAAAAGUUUGAGCUGCUCGGACCCCGGGGUUUGUGUCCGGGGUGGUAACCCUCACUGUCAUUUCAUACUGCUGCUCCGCUCGCUCUGCUUCGACCACAGCGUGCUCCUGGACUUCCUCAUCUCCUCCGAGACGUGCUUCCUGGAGUACUGCGUCCGCUACCUGAAGCUCCUCCUCGAGGACCCGGCCGGCUUCUCCGGCGCUUGCCGCCGUAUCGGAGGAAGAAGCGACCCCUCUGUUCCCUGCGCUAGAUCGGCGGCAGGCAGCCGGGUCCCACGGCUGGUGGAUUACGGCAGCUCGGACGAAUCAGAGGAUGAGCGCGUUUCUGACGGCGGUUCUGGGGAGAGAGAUUGCGGAAGGGAGCUGGAACAAGCGCAGGCUGAACAUGCGUCUGAUUGGCUGCUGGGUAAAGUGUUUGCGUGUCUUCUGGAGUUGAAGACCGCUGUGAGCAGACUACAUGACAGGGGCCUCUUCCCCUACAACCCUGCCUCGCUCCUAAAGCUGCUGAACAACAUUGAACCCCUGAGAAACACGCUCUGUUAGCUUGGACGAGCAUAGAUCAGAAUUGAUCAGAAAUAUCAACCUGUUAUGACCCGCUCAAGUAAUUAAUGCAGUGAAUGAACAUGUCACUGGACCAAAAACAUUUUUUAAAUCAAAAUAACUGGUAUAGAAGGACUUGAUUGAUUU